AUGAAGAUUUUUAAAAAAUUAAGAAAAGAAAAUGUUGAUAUGCAAAAUAUAACAGAUAGGGUUAAAAAAAACUCAACAUCAGAUUUUGAAGAAGAAUUACAAAAACCAAAUAAUUUAUCACCUAAACCCGUUGCUUUAUGGGAUCUCUAUAGAUACGCAAAUAAAAUUGAUUAUAUUUUACUUUUUGUUGGAAUUUGUCUUGGAUUAAUUCAAGGAGCUUUUAAUUCUGUAUCAUCUAUUAUAUUUAAAAAUUUGUUGGAUGUUUUAAUAAAAGGUGAAGCUGAAUAUGAAAUGGGUGUAUUUAAUAAAAACCAAUUUCAUCAUGAUGGAAUGCAUGCUGUAUAUAUGUAUGUAGGAUUUGGAGCUGCUGUAUUUGUUCUUGCAUCUAUUUCUACAGCAUGUUGGCAUGUUAUAUCUGAAAGACAGGUACAUCAAAUAAGAAAAAAAUAUUUGGCUGCAAUUUUACGGCAAAAUAUUGCUUGGUUUGAUGUUAAUAAUACUGGUUCUUUAACAACAAAAAUGUCUGAUGGUUUAGAUAGAAUAAAAGAUGGUACUGGUGAUAAAGUUGGUUUAUUUGUUAUUUACACGGCAAAUUUUAUUGCUGGUAUGUCAGUUGCAUUUUCAUAUAGUUGGAAAAUGUCACUUAUUAUGGUUGCAUUUGUUCCAAUUAUAUUUGGAUGUCUCUCUGCAAUAUCAUUUUUAUCAAAAAAAUAUGUUAAAAGAGAAUCAGAAGCAUAUAGUGAGGCUGGUUCUGUGGCAGAAGAAGUUAUUAAUGGUAUAAGAACUGUUAUUGCAUUUAAUGGACAAAAAAAUGAAAUUAAUAGGUAUUCUAACUUUUUAUCUAAAGCUGCUAAUAGUGGAACAAUUAAAGGAGGAAUAGUAGCAUGUAAUAUGGGUUUAAUGAUGUUAUUUAUGUUUGUUGCAAUGGCUGUAUCAUUUUACUUUGGAACACAUUUAGUAAUUGAUAAUGAAAUUGAAUCUGGUAUGGUAUUUGCAGUUUUUUGGGCAUUUAUUGGAGGUGUCUUUUCAUUAGGACAAGCAGCUCCACAAAUAGCUGUUAUUAUGGCUGCAAGACAAGCUGGUGGUGAAAUUUUUGAAAUAAUUGAUAGAAAACCAGAAAUUGAUGCAUUAGCUGAAGAAGGAAAAAUUUUAGCUAAUCCAAAAGGAAAUAUAGUUUUUUCUAACAUUAAAUUUAGAUAUCCAACAAGACCAGAUGUUGAAGUAUUAAAAGGAAUAUCAUUUGAAGUUAAUGAAGGUCAAUCUGUUGCUUUAGUUGGACAUAGUGGAUGUGGUAAAUCAACAACAGUUGGAUUAUUAUUACGUUAUUAUUCUAUUGAAAGUGGAAAAUUAACUUUUGAUGGUACACCAAUUGAAGAACUUAAUAUUAAUUGGUUAAGAGAAACAAUUGGUAUUGUUUCACAAGAACCUGUAUUAUUUUCUGAUACAAUUUCAAUGAAUAUUAAAUUUGGUAGAUUAAAUGUUUCUGAUGAAGAAAUUAUAAAUGCAUGUAAAAUGGCAAAUGCUCAUGAUUUUAUAAUGAAACUUCCUAAUAAAUAUAAUACAAUAAUUGGAGAUGGUGGUGUUCAAUUAUCUGGUGGUAUGAAGCAACGUGUUGCUAUUGCUAGAGUUUUAGUUAGAAAUCCAAAAAUUUUAUUACUUGAUGAAGCAACAAGUGCUCUUGAUUCUGAAUCUGAAUAUUUAGUACAAAAAGCAUUAGAAAAUGCUAGUUAUAAUAGAACGACAAUUGUUAUAGCACAUAAAUUAUCAACAAUUAAGAAUUGUGAUAAGAUUAUUGUAUUUGAUAAUGGAAAUAUUGUUGAAAGUGGUACACAUAAUGAUCUUUUAAGUAAUCCUGAUGGUUUAUAUACAAAAUUAGUAAAUGCUCAACAAAUUGAAGAAUUAAAUGAUGAAUAUAAAAAAGAUGUAGUUUCUGAGUUAGGUUUACAUAAUAAUUUAUCAUCUAAAUUUGAUAGAAAUUGUACAAAACGAUUAAGUAAAAGAUUAAGUAUAUCAAUGUCUAUAGCAUCUGAAGAACAAUAUAUAAUUGAUGAAUUGCAAGAAGAACUUGAAGAAGAAAAAGUAAUAGAAUCAUCUAUUUUAGAUAUUAUUAAAUUUGCAAAAGAAGAACAUCUUUAUCUUAUCUUUUCAACAAUAUUUUCAUUUAUUAGAGGUAUGACAUUUCCUAUAUUUUCAAUUGUUUAUGGUCAAAUGUUUAAAACUUUAACAUUAUCUGAUAAUAGUCAAAAACUUCAUGCAGCUGGAAAUGAUGCUAUUUAUUUUACAUUAAUUGGUAUUUUUUCUGCAAUAUCUACUGCUAUUUCAGGAUUUUUAAUUAGUAAAGCAGGAGAACAUUUAACUUGUCGUUUACGUAUAUCAUUAUUUAAAAAUAUUCUUAGUCAAAAUGGUACAUAUUUUGAUAAUAUAAAACAUGCACCUGGUAAAUUAACAAAUAGAUUAGCAACAGAUGCUCCAAAUGUUAGAGCUGCUAUUGAUCAACGUCUUGCUGAUGUUCUUCAAAGUAUUGCUGCUAUUAUUGGAAGUAUUGUAAUUGCUUUUUGUUAUGGACCAAAUAUGGCUCCUAUUGGAAUAUUAACUGCUGGAUCAUUAAUUGGUUUACAAACUCUUGUAUCACAAUAUCUUAAAAGAAGAGGUUUAAAAGAUUCAAUUCUUGCAGAAAAUCCUGCAAAAUUAGCAUCAGAAGUAAUAGAUAAAUAUAAAACUGUUCAAUAUUUAUGUAAAGAAAAAUAUUUUAUUGAAAAAUUUAAUAAUUUAAUGGAAGUACCACAUAAAAGAAAUUUAAUUAGAGGAGUAAUUGCUGCAGUAACUUUUGGUCUUAAUUCUAGUUAUGUAAUGCUUAAUUUUGGUAUUGCAUAUAGAUAUGGAAUUUGGUUAGUUGAAGCAGGACAUUCUACACCAUAUACAGUUUUCCAAGUAAUAGAAUCAUUAAAUUGCGCAACAAUGUCACUCUUAUCAUUUGCUACAUAUUUCCCUGAAUAUGUAAGAGCACGUCUUAGUGCUGGAUUAAUAUUUUAUAUGUUAUCUUUAAAACCAGAAAUAAAUUCUUAUUCAGAAGAUGGAAAAAAAACUAAUAUUACUGGUAAAAUAAGUUUAAAAAAUGUAGCAUUUAAUUAUCCUAAUGCAAAAGAUAAUAAUGUACUUAAUAAAAUAACUCUUGAUAUACCAAGUGGUAAAUCUGUUGCAUUAGUUGGACCAAGUGGAUGUGGUAAAUCAACAAUAAUUCAAUUAAUUGAAAGAUUAUAUGAUCCUGAUUCUGGUUCACUAAUAUUUGAUAAUGAAAAUCAAAAAGAUAUUAAUCUUCAACAUCUUCGUAGUGAAAUGGCUUUAGUUGGACAAGAACCAAUACUUUUUAAUUUAACAAUAAAAGAUAACAUUGGUUAUGGAUUACAAAAUUAUACAAUAGAAGAUGUUAUUGCUGCAGCUAAAUUAGCUAAUGCACAUAAUUUUAUUCUUAAUUUACCUUUACAAUAUGAAACACCAAUAAAAUCAUCAACCUUAUCUGGUGGUCAAAAACAAAGAAUAGCUAUUGCAAGAGCAAUUAUAAGAAAACCAAAAAUUUUAUUAUUAGAUGAAGCAACAAGUGCUUUAGAUACAGAAAGUGAAAAAAUUGUUCAACAAGCAUUAGAUAAUGUACAAAUUGGUAGAACGACAAUUUCUGUUAGUCAUCGUUUAUCAAGUAUUUGUAAUUAUGAUAUCAUUGUUGUUAUAAAAGAUGGAAAAAUAAUUGAAAAAGGAAAUCAUCAAGAAUUAUUAUCAAUAAAUGGAUUGUAUGCUUCAUUGAUCUCAAAACAAAACUUGAAAUAA